AUGUCCUCUUACUGGAAGGCUCCUGUCGCAUCGGCGAUAAAGUCAUUUUUGGCUGUCAUUCCUACAGAAACUCCAGCCGAACGCAUCAGAAACCAAUUGAUUCUGGUCGCUGUCAUCCUCCUCGUCAUCAUUGUUAUUUUCAUUUCAGCUCUCCGCAAUGUCUAUCGAUUCUUGACUAAUGAUCCGAGAAAGUCAAAGGGACCAUCAUUCUUGUUUGGUGUUGUGGUGCCGUCAGUCUUGCCAGUGUUGCUAUACACAGUUCUCACAGACUCGCUCUCUUACAUGAAUGACUCGGGCAAAGUGUUGCCAUACUCGUAUCGUCCGUCACAGGAAGCUCUCGAGCUUCAUAAUAGGCUACCAUUCAUCGCAGAUCUACAUGCCGAUACGUUAUUAUGGACACAUCGACAGUCUAUGCUCAAUCCUGAAGUCAAACUAGGCCAUAUCGAUAUGCAGCGGCUCAUUGACGGAAAUGUUGCAUUGCAGGUGUUUUCUUCAGUGACACUGAGUCCUGCUGAACUCAACAUGUAUCGUAAUAGCAACGCAACUGAUACAAUCCGAACACUCGGAAUAGUACAACGCUGGCCAAUGAAAGCCAUCUUUGGACACUCUGCACGCAUGGAACGUGUGGCGUUAUUUGCAUCGGCAUUAGAUAAAAUGCAAGAAAAAUCCAUCAUAGAUGGCUCUCAUGGGAUUUUCGUGUUUGUCAAAUCCAGGACAGACUUUGACCGACUCCUGUCUCUGCGCCAACAGUUUGGAUCUAAAGUGGUGGGAGGCUUGCUUUCUAUCGAAGGCAGUAACAUGUGCCAUCCGAUAUGGAUUACUGCUGAAGAAUGUGCAAAUCGGUUGUGGUCUCUUGGGGUUCGAAUGGUUGCAAUGACGCAUUUUGUUGAUAAUGCUGUCGGCUCUAGUGCAACAGGCGAGUCAGACUAUGGAUUGACUAGUUAUGGAGAAGACUACGUGAAAAGGCUGCUCGAACUCGGCAUGAUGAUUGAUAUGGCUCAUACAAGUGUCAAAACAAUCGAUAAUGUCAUUGCUCUAUAUGACGAGCAUGUAAAGACUACUGGAAGAAAGGUCUUGCUAGUGGUUUCACAUACUGGUCUUAAGAGUGCUUGCUUCCACAAUCGAAACCUGGAAGAUCGUCAUGCGAAAGCACUAGCCCAACGUGGUGGAAUUAUUGGUGUUGCCUUUUUCCCUGAAGCUGUUUGUGGUAAUAAUCUGACCGACAUCAUCAAGAGUUAUAAAGUUGCAGUGGACUUGACAUCUACGAAUAAUGUUGUUUUGGGCUCAGACUAUGAUGGUGCGGUGAGUGUACCUUUCGAUGUGUCAGAUUUGGCAUACAUGACACAAGGGCUGCUAGCUGAAGGGUUUUCAGAGAGUGAAAUCCAAAAGAUUAUGGGUGAGACGGUUCAGACGAAAUUUAUGGAGUAUUUGCCAUUGUGA